AAAAAAAAGCCACCUCCAAGAUGUCUCCCGCCACCGGAAGCGCAGGGUUUUUUUUUUCUUCUCCCUCCUUCCUUCCCCUCCCGUCCUCUCUAUCAGCUUCCGCUUCCGGCUCGCGUCGCGAUGGCGCGGCCUGGGCCUCAGGGCCCCUCGUAGCCCGCGUCGCCCUCCGCGCCCGCUUGCUUCUUAUGGCGGCCCCGCACCCAGACAAGCUGGAGGGGGGAGUAGGCCUCGCUCCGCCUGCUCCGGGUCCGCCGCCUCCGCCUCCGCCGCUGCCUCCGCCGCCGGGGAGCCUCGCCACGGGACCAGGCCGCAAGCAGGGCAAGGCCGGUCUUCAAAUGAAGAGUCCCGAGAAGAAACGUCGCAAAUCCAACACGCAGGGCCCCUCCUAUUCCCACCUCUCGGAGUUUGCCCCCCCUCCCACCCCGAUGGUCGAUCACCUGGUGGCCUCCAACCCGUUUGAAGAUGACUUUGCCAUCCCCAAGGUUGGCUCCUCUUCCGCGCCCUUCCUCGGCAACCCCGGCCCCUUUGGGAACUUCCGCAUGCAAGGGGCGAUGGGUCCCCAGGUCCCGCCCAGCUAUGGCGGGGGUCCCCAACCCAUGCGGAGGCAGCCGCCCCCCUUUGGACCGAACCAGAUGGGCCCGGCGUUCAACAUGCCCCCUCAAAAUCCCGGCUACGUCCAACCCGGAGGGAUGGGCUUUGGCGGGCAACCCUUCGGCCAGCCGCUGGGACAGAACUUCAGCCCCCCCGGCGGGCAAAUCAUGCAGGGGCCCAUGGGGGCGUUCGGCCCCAUGAUGUCGCCAACCAUGGGGCAGCCCCCUCGCGGCGGGGACAUGGGCUCCGGGCCGACCCUCAACCCUCCAGGCGGACCGCCGAUGGCCCAGCGAUUCAGCCAGCCCGCCAACCUCUUUGGACAAUCCCCCCUGCAGCGCCCCAACCCCAACCUCUCCAGCUUGCCCCCUAAUCCCAGCCCCUUCCCGGGGCCCGACCCUGGCUUUCCUCCCUCUGCCGAAGACAGCGGGGCCCCCAAACCCCUCCACCCGCCUCCCAACAGCUUCAACCAGGAACAGCACACCGGCUCGCCGGCGGCCGUCAACGGCACCCAGCCCGCCUUCCCGCCCAACAGCACCGGCCACAGCGGCGGCACCGGGACUCCCGAAGGCAACCCCUUGCCCCCCACCAGCAAAGCAGCUGGCAACUCCGGCCACCAGCCUCCCCCGGGCUUGGUCUACCCCUGCGGGGCUUGCCGCAGCGAAGUGAACGACGACCAAGACGCCAUCCUGUGCGAGGCUUCGUGCCAGAAGUGGUUCCACCGGGAGUGUACGGGCAUGACGGAGAACGCCUACGGGCUGCUGACUACCGAGGCCUCGGCCGUCUGGGCCUGCGACUUCUGCCUGAAGACCAAGGAGAUCCAGUCGGUCUACAUCCGGGAGAGCAUGGGGCAGCUAGUGGCCGCCAACGACGGCUGAGACCUCCCCUCCUUCCCCCGGCUGUCCUCGCCCCGGUGGGCAGAAAGGAUGGCCAAUCCGGUUUGUACCACUACGAGACACUCUUGGCUGAGGAGACGGGCACCGAAUCCCAUCCCUUGCCAGUAAAAAAAAAAAAAAAGCUGGAGGAUUCUGGGUGACCCCCACGACCUCUGGGGGUUUCCAGUCCUGACUUUGCUGGGCACACAGUUGGACUGCGAUGGAGGCGCCCACCGACCCAUUUUUAUGCCUUCAUCCGCUCCCGAAGCGUUGCCGUCCGUCGUACUUUUCUCUCUCUCUCCUUCCCCGACCCACGACUGCGUUUAAAACUUGCAAAGCCUUCCACGAUUGGCUGGACGAAAGAAAGAGGGGAGGGGGCGUUUUCCCAGUCUCCCAUUCCUCUCAUCUGGCUCCAUUCCAAGUUUCAGCUCGGUCCGGCCCUCCCGUUUGGUCACCCGGAAGUUAUCCCCGCGUCGUCCGGUUUCUUCCGGGAAAUUCGCCAACGCAAUGAAUAUACCUCUUCUUUGGAGGGUGAGUGGGGGGCACGGCGGCAUCUGGGCAGGAAGAGGCCUCCCCCAAUCCUACAGAACGCAACUGAGGAGGGUUUGUGGGGGGGGGGUGCUCCUGAAUUUGGAGCCGCCGCGCUUAAAAUUUUGGAAGCAUCUGCUGCGACAUUUCGGUGGCUCAAAAAAAGUGACUGGCGUCUUCUUGAGAAAAAAGAAGAAAAAAAAUUGACAAAAGGACAAACUGGCCCUUGUUUUUCUCACGCGAAGACUUUAAAACAAAACACACAAAAAAAGUACCAACUUGGGACCUGUUUUUUUUUAAUUGUUAUUAUUAUUGUUAUUAUUAUUAUUACGUUUGCCUUCCGGUAA